CUGGUCGCUGAGUGACUGUGAAAGUCACUACCCAUAAUCCCGUGCGCUGUGCUGACGAUUACUUGGAAAUACCGCCCCGCCCACUUCCGCUACACAUUCCUCCGUCCAUGAUGUGAUCUCUCCUGCUGCGUCAUCCUCCAGGAGGGGGAGUAUAUAGAGGAACACAGGGGUCUGUACAAGGACGUGAUGAUGGAGUAUCACCGGCCCCUCACAUCACUGGAUGGACCCAGUAACAGAGAUACCCCAGAGAGAUGUCCCCGUCCUCUGUAUUCCCAGGAUUGUACAGAGGAGAAUCACAGGAUCCCACAGGAGGAUCAGGUUAAACGUCUGUCUGAUAUUAAAACAGAAGAUAUAGAGGGAGAAGAAGAGACGUAUGUGACUGAUAUAAAGGCAGAAGAUAUAGAGGGAGAAGAAGAGACGUAUGUGACUGAUAUGAAGGCAGAAGAUAUAGAGGGAGAAGAAGAGACGUAUGUGACUGAUAUACAGGCAGAAGAUAUAGAGGGAGAAGAAGAGAUGUAUGUGACUGAUAUAAAGGCAGAAGAUAUAGAGGGAGAAGAAGAGACGUAUGUGACUGAUAUAAAGGCAGAAGAUAUAGAGGGAGAAGAAGAGACGUAUGUGACUGAUAUAAAGGCAGAAGAUACAGAGGGAGAAGAAGAGACGUAUGUGACUGAUAUAAAGGCAGAAGAUAUAGAGGGAGAAGAAGAGACGUAUGUGACUGAUAUAAAGGCAGAAGAUACAGAGGGAGAAGAAGAGACGUAUGUGACUGAUAUAAAGGCAGAAGAUAUAGAGGGAGAAGAAGAGACGUAUGUGACUGAUAUGAAGGCAGAAGAUAUAGAGGGAGGAGAAGAGACGUAUGUGACUGAUAUAAAGGCAGAAGAUAUAGAGGGAGAAGAAGAGAUGUAUGUGACUGAUAUAAAGGUAGAAGAUACAGAGGGAGAAGAAGAGACGUAUGUGAGGGGUGAUCAGCAGUGUAAGGAGGAGGAGAUCCCUACAGAUAUCAGCACAGCAGGUGGACACACAAGCAGGAAUAUCUCAGAAGGACAUCUAAUGUUAUCCCCGGAUUGUGACAUAAAAGAUAAUGACAGUAGACAGGAUUUUCCAGGAGAUAACCCCAUUACCCUAAUUAUACAUCCAGCCCUAUCAGCUGAUACCCCUGAUCCUGGGAAAUGUUCUCCUGAUUACUCUGAUAUUGAUGCAUCUGUUACAGCUCUGAGAGUAGAUACAGUGUUUCCCUGUUCUAUAGAUGCCAAAUGUUUUACACAGAACACAAAGCUUAUUACACAGAACACAAAGCUUAUUUCCCAUCAGACAGGUAAGGCAGGGGAGAGGCCAUUUCCAUGUUCUGAGUGUGGGAAAUGUUUUGCACACAAAUCUGAUCUUGUAAUACAUAAGAGAAUACAUACAGGUGAGAAACCAUAUUCCAGUUCUGAGUGUGGGAAAUGUUUUACAUACAAAACAACUCUUGAUGCACAUAAUAAAAGUCACACAGGUACAUCAAAGUUUUCAUGUUCUGAGUGUGGGAAAUGUUUUGCACAGAAAUCAAAACUUGUUAGACAUCAGAGAAGUCACACAGGUGAGAAUCUAUUUUCUUGCUCUGAGUGCAGGAAAUGUUUUACCUGGAAAUCACAACUUGUUACACAUCAGCGGAGUCACACAGGUGAGAAGCCGUUUCCAUGUUCUGAGUGUGGGAAAUGUUUUGCACACAAAUCAGAUCUUGUUCUACAUCAGAGAAGUCACACAGGUGAGAAGCUAUUUUCUUGCUCCGAGUGUGGGAAAUGUUUUACACGGAAAUCAGAUCUUAUUACACAUCAGCGAAGUCACACAGGUGAGAAGCCAUUUCCAUGUUCUGAAUGUGGGAAACGUUUUGCACACAAAUCAGAUCUUGUUCUACAUCAGAGAAGUCACACAGGUGAGAAGCCAUUUUCUUGCUCUGAGUGUGGGAAAUGUUUUACACGGAAAUCAGAUCUGGUUAUACAUCAGCGAAGUCACACAGGUGAGAAGCCAUUUCCAUGUUCUGAGUGUGGGAAAUGUUUUGCACGGAAAUCAGAUCUUGUUAUACAUCAGCGAAGUCACACAGGUGAGAAUCUAUUUUCUUGCUCUGAGUGCAGGAAAUGUUUUACCUGGAAAUCACAACUUGUUAGACAUCAGCGAAGUCACACAGGUGAGAAGCCAUUUCCAUGUUCUGAAUGUGGGAAAUGUUUUGCACAGAAAUCAGAUCUUGUUCUACAUCAGAGAAAUCACACAGGUGAGAAGCCAUUUUCUUGCUCUGAGUGUGUGAAAUGUUUUACACGGAAAACAGAUCUUAUCAUACAUCAGCGAAGUCACACAGGUGAGAAGCCAUUUCCAUGUUCUGCGUGUGGGAAAUGUUUUGCAUACAAAUCAGAUCUUGUUCUACAUCAGAAAAGUCACACAGGUGAGAAACCAUUUUCUUGCUCCGAGUGUGGGAAAUGUUUUCCACGGAAAGCAGAUCUUGUUAUACAUCAGCGAAGUCACACAGGGGAGAAGCCAUUUCCAUGUUCUGAGUGUGGGAAAUGUUUUGCACGGAAAUCAGAACUUGUUAUACAUCAGCGAAGUCACACAGGUGAGAAUCUAUUUGCUUGCUCUGAGUGUGGGAAAUGUUUUACCCAGAAAUCACAACUUGUUUCACAUCAGCGAAGUCACACCGGUGAGAAGCCAUUUCCAUGUUUUGAGUGUGGGAAAUGUUUUGCACACAAAUCACACCUUGUUAGACAUCAGCGAUGUCACACAGGUGAGAGGCCAUUUCCAUACUCUGAGAAAUAAAUUAGCUCUUGUUGCACACAAUAGACAUCACUCAGGUGAGGAACCAUUUUAUUCUGGAGUAUACUUCUCAUUGCCAUGUAAUGUUCCUCAAGGUUCUUAUCCUAUCUCCUAUGCUUUUUGCAAUAUACAUGCUACCGCAGGGUGAAAUAAUCAGAUGUCAUGUCCUCCUCUACCACUGCUAUACACAUGACCUGUCUUUCUCCGGGUACUGAGAACCCAAUACCAAUCCUAAAUGUCUAGCUGAGCUCCAGGUGUGGGUGAUGCCAGUUGGCUGUGACUCAGUACUGGUGAAACAGGUCCUUAUGAUAGAAGCUCACCAACAAAGGGGAGGGCUACAGCUCUGCUUUACCUACCAACCAGACUAAUGCUUCUGGGUUCAGAGUUAGAAAAUGCAGAUCAUGUGCGGAAUCUUGGUGGCCUGGAUGGUGGAGUGACACUUAGACAUCAGGUAUCAUCCACAAUCAUAUCCCCAUCUGAGGAACAUAGCCAGACUCCAGUACUUAUUUCCCUCGGAAGAUAUAUCUACAGUCAUACAUGCACUUGUAUCAUCACACAUAGACUACUGCAAUGUCCUCUACCUGGGUCUCCCAGCAAAAGAAUUGCACCGCUUGUAGCUUGUACAGAAUGCAGCAGCCAGGCUGUUACCUAACCAGCCCGUUCCUGCCAUAUAACACCCAUUCUCUGCUCCCUUCACCGGCUGCCUGUAAGAUGGUGACUCUAUUACAUAAUCUUACUGACUCUCCCAGCCCUACAUGACCAGGGUCCAUGGUACCAGAUGCAGCUUCUGCCUCCUUACUGCCCUGGUUACUUCCAUCUGCAGAUGAAGGACUGUUACCAGCAGUACCAAGAAUCCCCAAGCAGUGCUGAGAUGUCAGGGGGGAGACAGGGCGGUGGGAGGUGACAGUAGUGGGGGGAUACAGGGUGGUGGCAGCAGUGGUGGGAGACAGGGCAGUGGCAGUAGUGGGGGGGGACAGGGCAGGUGGCAGUAGUAGAGGGAGACAGGGUGGAUGGCCGCAGUGCAGUACCAGAGGCUGCUGGAGGCAGUAAAGAGGUGUAUGGGUCCCGCACAGAACCAGUUGAUAAUUAGACUUAAUGAUGAUCAUGCGUCCUUAUUUCUAAUUAAUCCCUUGUAUGUGUUUCUGUUAUUUGCUGUGUCAGCCUUUAUGUGUGUUCUGUGUAAUAAUCCUGAAAGUAGUGCUGCUACCGAUCUCAUAUCAUUUGAGGUAACUUGGAAAAGAUGAGAUAUGAGGUGCACUCUGGAAUCUUAUAGGGGGUUAAUCAGAGAUGAACGCAAAUGUGACAUCACGCAGCCCCCCGGAAGAUGGUCCUGGCCUGCGUUAGCCCCUCAGGGCUGUGACCGCAAUGUGUGUGUCAGCACGGCUGCUGCCACCACCAGUAAACUGCUGCGGGCCGCUAUCGCAGCUGGGUCUGAAUGACCCCCAGAGGCUGUUGUGCAUUGAGUAUUUUUUAAGUUUCAAAUAUAGCCAAUAAUGUGUGUAUUAAAGAUAUGAAAUAAAGUAGUUUAAAAGCAAAAGGUUUCCGGUCCGAUUUUGACUAUGACCGAUUUUGACAGCUCAUUUAAAUAGUAGGAUGAUAUUACCGGGGGG